AUGACAUGUAAAAAAUUACGAAUUGCUGUUAUUGAAUCACCACCAUUUGUUAUGUCAGAAGAAAAGACGAUAACAUCAAACAACGAUACCACUGGUAUUAUCAUUACUGAUAAAAUAUUACUGAAAGGUUUUUUUAUUGAUUUGAUACUUACUUUGAAAAAACAAAUGAAGUUUUAUGAUGAAAUACAAUUUAUACAUCCAAAUACUCAAUAUGAUGAUUUAAUUGUUGUGUCAGUAUUCGACAACAGUUUACGUAUUGUUGUUCGACGAUCAGAGUCAAUAUUUAUAGAAUUAUUUUCAUAUUUAAAACCGUUUUCAUUUAAACUAUGGUUAUCGGUAUUAAUUCUCAUUCUUUAUUCCAAUGUAUCAAUUUUUUAUUUUGAACGUACAACAACAGCAACAAAUAACACUGACACUAUAAGACAAGAACCAAUACAUCGUUCAAUAGCUAUAUUCUUCUAUCAUUCAAUAUGUAGUGUUGUUGGUACAAAUAGUGACGAUAAUUUUAUUUUAUCAUCAAUAUCAAGUAAAAUAUUGACAAUUAGUUUAUGUAUGAUAGCUUUUAUACUUGGUGCUACAUAUACAGCUAAAUUAUCAGCAUUUUUAACAAUAGAACGAACACAACAAAUAACAAGUAUUGAUGAUAUUGAAAAUGGUCGUAUACCAUAUCAUCGUAUUGGCAUUGUUCGUGGAUCAGCAAUUCAUGAAUAUUACAUAAAUACUAUAUCAACAUAUUUCUAUCCACUAAAUUCAUCAAAUGAAAUCUACAGCAAUUUAAUUGAGAAAAAAAUUGAUGCAUUGUGGGACUAUGCAUUGUGGGACUAUGCAUCAAUAGGAUAUCAAGUACAACAACGUUUUUGUUCAAAAUUAAUGGUUGUUGGUGUAGGAUUUACUCAUUCAACAUUUGGUAUCGCUUUUAACAACCAUUGGAAAUAUAAAUAUGAAUUAGAUUAUCAAUUGCUUACAUUAAAAGCAACAGGUAUUUUAAAGUCACUUGAAGAAUAUUGGUUUCAAUAUCGACCACCAUCAACAACAAAUGCAUAUUGUAAUUCUAAGCACAAUGUUCAUAAUAACCAAUCAAACGGUAUAACCAUUGAAAUUAUGAGUGGUCUGUUCUUAACGUUUUAUCUUAUUAGUCUAUUAACCAUACUCUUGCAUUUAUGCAAUCAACGACAUAAAUUAAUGCAAGCAGUCAUAAAUUUAAAAACAAGACUAAAUAAUAGUCGAUGCUGUCGAAGAGCAUUAUCGUAA